AUGAUUUUCAUUUUCAUAAUCGAAAUAAUGACUUAACUAACAUCCAAAUUAUAUUGAAAUCAUUCCAAACACUUCAAUGAGUUCCAAUGCGUCGCGUAUCACGAAGAGUGCAGCAAUGUUUGGGACCAAAACCUCACCAAACCUCAUUUCAUUACACCGGUCUACUACACCAUUGCAAAACCACUGAUUGCAUUAAAAAAAUUCACGCCCAAAUUAUUACCGGUGGCCACAGAAAAGACCCAUUUAUCGCAGCUAAACUAAUCGACAAGUAUGCACAGUUUGGUGGCUCCAAUGUUGAACAUGCACGCAAAGUGUUCGACAUUUUGUCUGAAAGAGAUGUUUUCUGUUGGAACGUUGUCAUCAAGGGUUAUGCCAAUAUGGGUCCUUUUACUGAAGCCUUAAACGUUUAUGAUGUGAUGCGUAUAAGUGGUACUACUCCGAAUCGCUACACUUACCCUUUUGUGCUUAAGGCUUGUGGUGCUGAGAGGGAUUAUGUAAAGGGUCGAAUUAUUCAUGAGAAUGUUGUGAAGUGUGGAUUGGACUUUGAUUUGUUUGUUGGGAAUGCUCUUGUUGCAUUUUAUGCGAAGUGUCAGGAGAUUGAAGCGUCGAGAAAAGUGUUUGAUGAAAUGCCUGAGAGAGAUAUUGUUAGUUGGAAUUCUAUGAUUUCGGGAUAUAUCGCGAAUGGCUAUAUGGAUGAUGCUGUAUUGGUAUUCUAUGAUAUGUUGAGGGAUGAUGAUAUAGGUUUUCCUGACAAUGCUACUCUUGUAACUGUUCUUCCAGCAUUUGCUGAGAAAGCUGAUAUUCAUGCAGGAUAUUGGAUUCAUUGUUAUAUUGUCAAGACAGGGAUGAAACUUGAUCCUGCUGUUGGUUGUGGUCUUAUAACAUUAUACUCAAAUUGUGGUUAUAUAAGCAUGGCAAGAGCCAUUUUUGACCAGAUAUCGGAUAGAAAUGUCUUUGUUUGGAGUGCAAUUAUUAGGUGCUAUGGGACACAUGGAUUUGCUCAUGAGGCUCUUGGUAUGUUCCGGCAAUUAGUUGAUUCUGGCUUGCAUCCAGACGGCGUUGUGUUUUUGUGUUUGUUGUCGGCAUGUAGUCAUGCAGGUAUGCAUGAACAGGGUUGGCACCUUUUUCAGACCAUGGAAACUUAUGGUGUUGCAAAAGGCGAGGCUCAUUAUGCUUGCAUGGUGGAUCUUUUGGGUAGAGCUGGUGAUCUAGAAAAAGCAGUGGAGUUCAUUCAAUCUAUGCCUAUCCAACCAGGGAAAAAUGUUUAUGGCGCCUUGUUGGGUGCCUGUAGAAUACACAAACAUUUGGAACUUGCUGAAUUGGCUUCCGAGAAGUUGUUUGUUUUGGACCCUAACAAGGCCGGGCGGUACGUGAUUCUAGCACAGAUGUAUGAAGAUGAAGGUCGGUGGCAGGAUGCAGCCGGAUUGAGGAAAGUAAUCAGGGAGAAAGAAAUCAAGAAGCCAAUUGGUUAUAGCUCUGUUGAACUGGAAUCAGGUCAUGAAAAAUUUCGGGUAAAUGAUGAGUCUCAUCCAUUUACAACAUAUAUUUUUGAGACCUUGGUAAGCUUAGAUAGGAUAAUGGGUAACGAAGCUCGCACUCAAUGUGAUGCCAUUUUGUAGGGACUAUGAAAUGGUGGACAAAGGGAAACACCAUCUAAUUGUGUUGAUUAACCGAUAGUCUGAUACUAAUUAUCUAGAACUGAACUGAUUGUAAAAAAAAAAAAUCUAUAACUGAUAGUCAUAUCUUCGUCCCUGGAGAUGAUCAUGAAUUCACAAACUGCACUAUGCUACGAGUUUAUUGAUACUGUGAAGUAUAGUUGAAGAUUCUCUUAGGACAAAUACCAAUAGUUAGAAUUCAGUAUGGCAGCUUAAUUAUGCAAAUAACAUACAAUUAUGAAUGAUAGACUCAAGACAAGAUAGAGGCCAGGUGAAAAUUCACAUAUGAUGAAAUUAUGCUUGAAGGGAUAAAUAGAAAAAGUUUCAGUUCAAUUGAAGCUUGUAAUUUGCUCAACAACACCAGGACAUUUUUUGUAAACUAAAUUUGAAGUUAUGUUCGAAGAUCUUGCAAACGUGUGAUCAAAUGAAGUAGCCAUCAAUGGUUUUGUUUCUCGACAGUGGAUAAUACAAACCUUAAAGCUAGCCAAAGAGGUCAACUGUUUGAUACAUAGAAUUUUGUUUUGGAAACAAGAUGGUUUUAUUUAUAUAAUGUUUUUUUGGGUUUGUGGCUUCGAGUUUGCUUCAUGGAGAGCUAAAUUAUUUAGAAAAUCACUUCAUUUUUUUUUUUAUAUCUUGUGUUUUUCUUUUUCAAUUUGUUAGUUUCACGGGGAAGAUAUACUUAACCAUGUCAUGCCAAUCUUGAGUAUUUAUUAAUCUUACUAUCAAAAUUAGAAGCUAAACAGCUCAUUUGUCUUGUUGUGAUUAAUUGUUGAUGGAUUGAGUGUUGCAAAACUCUGCUGGAGUGUGAAAAAUUGGUU